AUGCUUGCUAUUGACCUGGAGCAGCGGCCAACAGCGGCUGAGUGCCUCCAAGAUCCUUGUGCUCCACAGACCUCGUUGAAUUCUGCGGAUGAUGUAACGCCUCUUGGAACGGUUCGCCAAGCGGAAGGCUUAAUCCAGGCCUACCAAGAAGCCCAUGGUCGAAAUGAGAGUGGUCCAGACGACGUCGCAAUGCUCCUCAACUGGGUAAACGACCAAUCUUCGUUUGAAUCAGGAUUCAGGAAGGUCGUAAUUACAAGCAAGGCAAGUGCUUCGAUCAUAGUUAGACUUGGGUCCAGUGUCUGGCAGAUAGACAUUUGUUCGCCCACUCUGAUCCCAAAUAACGGUGUCAGUCACGUUUCCGCAGGCGCCGAAGGAAACAACGACGUUACUGUGAACAACACGGAAUCAACGCAGGUGGUAAUUGAUCGAAUGCUAGCAGCACUUGAGGCCAGUGGAUUCUACAAUCCCGCAUUGCAAGAGCAGAACGAACUGGUUCAAUUUUCUGGGCUCACAGCAAGGCAAGCAGCUCGACAGUCACGCAAUGGCCCUAGCUCUACUGCUACAAAUGCGAAUAAAGCGCCUCAUCAUCAAAACAUGGCUCUCCUAGGGGAAGAUAUACCAGAUAAAGACCCCUCACAAUCUCCUGAGUGGGUGAUAGAGUUGGUCAAUCACAUUUUCGCGGGGCUAGAUGACUGCACCUGCACUUUAUUACUGGAAGCGGCCUGGGCAAGAGAUUUAUGGCAUCACAUACACCACACGGCGUCUGAUCCAUUCUUCCCCCAGCCAAUCUGUCGGAUGGCAUGA